UGAGUUUCUAUAUCGGAACCGAUUAAACAUGAAUUUCAUAACGAAAUGAGUAGAGUUGUUGCGGUACGGUAUUUAUGUCAAAACCAUAUUCAGCUGUCAAACGGAGGCCGGUUGAUUCACAUUGAUCUGAGUAUUUGAAAAGAUAUGGGGAGAAAAAAACGUACAAUUGGGCGAGAUGCGGGUGCCAGUAACAUCGAGCUACGAGCGGUCAAAAUGACGCUUUACCAGGUGUUAAAGGAGGAGUACCGGGACCGAUUCAUGGCACGCAUUAAAGAUUGGUGUGAUGCAGCCACGCAUAUUUCAUAUCUGGCAUCAACGCUGUUCCUGUACCAGGCCGAAUCUGCAGUGGAUAGCAAUGACGAAAUAUUCUUUGCCGGAAAUGGGAAUGAGAUCAUUCGUCAAUGUUUUCUCAGUGUUGUGGAUGGCAAUCAUGUUCGUCUGCCCGAUGAAUUCCUCAUGAUGAUUCAGCAGCAUCAGCCGAAUUUGGUAUGGCCGGAGCGAAAUGGCAUGAAUAAUGCAUUCAACUACCUAUACGAGGGGUACCAAACGAAUGUGAAAAACAAUGUACGUAUGUGGUAUGUUACACGAAUGCGAGCCUUUUUGCGUAUGCGAUGCUUUGAGUUUAAUCACGGCCGGUUGCGAUACCGAAAACCAGCAAAUGUCGGCAUUUUCGACGAAACUGACGUGAAGAACACAACAAAGUUUCUCGUCAAUCAGCGCGAUUGGACUCACGGCAAUGCGGACCGAUAUCGGAAAAUGCAGUUUUUGCUGAGCGAAGUGGUACGAAUCGGUGGACCAGCAAACCACAACUUGAAAGAAUUCGUUACCGAAGACUGGUUUGCAUCGCUGCGCAUGUGGAUCAAAAUUCAGCGAAACAUCAGCUAUUUCCACACAACGUACGGCAUUCUGAACAGCGAAUGGGCCAAAUAUAAGAGUGAUCAUGUCACAAACAAGAUGCCACUUGUGUCACGACCGCCAAAAGUUAAGAAUUUCAUCGCAAUUCCCGUUCACGACUUCGAUCUCAAGCACAUUCGCAUCGACGUCACGCUUUUCUUUGAAAUUGCUCGUGGUUUGGGUGCUUUGAAGCAUGCGAUAGGAAAAAGUGGCCGAAAAGUGUGUAUCGAAAAAGAAACUUACAACAAAAAUCCGGCACAGUGGUGGAAACACGUAUUCAACAUGAAGAAAAUCAACAAAAUCGGCGGCCGAAAAAUGAAAUUUGAUUGCUCGAUCAUGACUGAUAGCGUUUCCGUUUCGCUCAUGUACAUCAAAUCGAACCGUACGCUGGAUGCGAAGGAUUUGAAGACAAUUGAGGAUAUGUACCGUGAAGGAAGAUUCGUGUAUGAGCUUGGAAUCGACCCUGGAGUUCGAACAUGGAACGCAACCGUUCGUCGCACCGUUGCAACUGGUGAUGAGGAAAACAUCACGAUUGCUGGUCCAACGUAUCAUUGGAGGGCGAAACGAUCAAAGCGUAGGCAGAAAGAAGAACGAUGGCAGAGGACAUUCAAGGAGCAACAGCAACGCGACCUUCGGUCAUAUCCAGUGGUCCCAUCGCCAAAGUCAAAGGAUGCGUGGAAGAGCUACAUUUGUCAUCGGUUGACUAUGAUGGCACUGGAAAUUGCUGUGUUUGGAACGCGCAAGUACGCUCGCCUCAGUUUCGACAAAUACGUGGAGUCAACUCGAGCCAGCGACAAAAUUGCCGCAUCGUUAACGAACAAAAAGCCAUCAAUGAUUUACUUGGGCGCAGCACAAAUGGCACCGAACUCACCGAUUGGAAACAAAAGACGAUUGCGAUGCCCCGGCACAAGAAAAUUGUUGGCCAGCUUCAAGAAAUUGAACAAUUGCACCGUUCGUUUCGUCGAUGAGUACUUCACAUCGCAGACAUGCGCAAAAUGCUUUGGACGUUUCGAUCCACGAACCAAACGAAAUCGGUUCAAAGUUUGCCGACAGUGCUGGCUGAAUGGGUAUGAUGGUCAAAUAUUGCCAAACAAAAUCGUGACCACAUUAAGUAACCGAGAACUGAAGAAAGAACGCAGAGAGAAGAAACAAGAACGAAUGCAACAGAAUGUCAACAACAAUCAGCCACGUAACGCAGCCAAUCCGACUCGACCAGCUAAAACACGUUUGGUGUCAAAACUUUGCAAAUACUAUAAAUGUCAUUCAAAUGAAGCUGGUGACUUGGAGUGGUAUGCGUCACACAUAAACCAGGAGGUAACCAAUUGGCAUCGUGACGUAGUGGCUGCAAAGUGCAUUCUAUACAAAGGUCGUUGUGAGGUGUUCGGAUACCGCAUUCACCCGAAUCUAUCGAGACCGGUUCAGCACAACGAACAGAACAUCGACAGUGAUUACGAGCACAUCUCCGAAGUUGAGGAUGAUGAAUAAAUUGCAGCAACCACUAGCAGUAGCACCAACUCCAUAUCACUUAAGAAUACAUUUUAAAAAUAAUACUUGUACUAACGAUUUGUUA